AGUUGGAAAGGAAUCCUCAAAGUAAACGCCGCCACCAUGUCCUUGGACUCUCACAUAGAGAGGGUCCUCUGGACUCCCGACCAAAUCGCCGCCCGUGUUUCCGACCUCGCCGCCCAAAUCUCCGCCGACUUCUCCCUCUCCUCCCUCUCCCAACCACCUGCCCUCGUAGGCGUCGCCACCGGCGCCUUUCUCUUCCUCGCCGACCUGGCCCGCCAAAUCCCCCUCCCCGUCACCGUCGACUUCAUCCGCGCCGAAUCCUACGGCUCCGGGACCCAGUCCAAUGGCGCCCCAACGAUUUCCUUCGACUUGAAGGUCGACGUCACCGGCCGCCACGUCGUCCUGGUUGAGGACAUUGUGGAUACAGGAAGCACAAUUGAGCGUCUGAUUGCACACAUGGAAUCGAAAGGCGCUUCGUGUGUGUCGGUCUGCACAUUUCUGGAUAAACCAUCGAGACGGAAGGUUCAUUUUCAGCUUCUCAGCAACGGGAAAUUCUACCGCGGUUUCGAGUGUCCAGAUUACUUUGUUGUGGGCUAUGGAAUGGACUUUGAUGAACGUUACAGGAACUUGCCGUACAUUGGUGUAUUGAAGCCCGAGCUGUAUAAGUGAUUUGAUUUUAGCUGCCACGAUGAGGAAAGUAAUUUAUUGUGAGUGUUUGGAAGUGAUCAGAUAUGGAGAUGAUUGGCGUUACUUCGGAGCAUGUACUUCAUUCGAUAUUUGAACAAGGUGUAGCUGGUUCAAAUACAGGAACACGGUUACUGAAUAUACGAUGUUUGAACAAAGUGUAGCUGGUUCAAAUACAUGAAUCUGCUUAUGGAAUAUAUAUAUUUCACCAUUUUAGACUA